AUGGUUUCCCUCGCUCCUUUCGUCCUGAAGAGGCCUUGGUUGGUCAAGGCGCUGACGCCCGCGGCCAAUUGGUACGCUGGCGCUUCGGGAUACCGCCAGCUCGGUCUGAGAUACGACGACCUCCUCGAGGAAGAGAACGAAGCCGUGCAAAUCGCCCUCAAGCGCCUCUCCGCAAAGGAGUCCUACGAGCGCGUCUACCGCAUCCGCCGCUCUGUCCAGUGCAGCUACACCCACAAGCUGCUCCCCAAGGACCAGUGGACCAAGCCCGAGGAGGAUGUCCCUUACCUGCGCAACAUCCUCGCCCAGGUCGAGGCCGAGCUCGCUGAGAAGGACGCCCUGGAUUCCAUGACCGUCAUCAAGAAGCACUAA